GAAAAUUCAAAUGGUCCCAAUUUGGUACUUUCAUUUAAUUGAUUGAAGAGUCAAGAUCUUCUGAGCUCAUUUUUCUCAUACUAGAAUAGUAGCUAACCAGUGCAUCCCCUGUGUAGCUUCUUCUCAUCAAGCAUUUGGUGUUUGAAAAUGGAGCACAACUCCCAAAUCCAAAUUCCUAAAGUAAAAUUGGGCACACAAGGGUUGAGGUUUCGAAACUAGGCUUCGGUUGUUUAGGACUUUCUGGAAUAUUAAAUACUCCUCUGUCACAUGAAGCUGGAUGCUCAAUCUUAAAGGAAACAUUCAAUAAAGGCAUCACCUUCUUUGACACAUCCGAUUUAUAUGGGCAUGAAGGCGACAACGAAAUAAUGAUUGGAAAGGCACUGAAGCAGCUUCCUCGUGAGCAAGUCCAACUGGCAACCAAAUUUGGGUUGUUACUUUCUGAGGGCUUCCAGUUUCAUGUCAAAGGCACUCCAGAAUAUGUACGGAAAUGCUGCGAAGAAAGUCUGAAGCGGCUUGAUGUAGACUACAUCGAUCUAUAUUAUCCUCACAGAAUAGACACAACUGUGCCAAUAGAGGAAACUAUGGGGGAACUCAAGAAAUUAGUCGAGGAGGGAAAGAUUAGAUACAUUGGUUUAUCGGAAGCCAGUGUAGACACAAUUAAGAGGGCACAUGCUGUUCAUCCCAUUACUGCUGUACAAUUGGAGUAUUCUCUUUGGACCCGUGAUAUAGAAGAGGAUGUCAUUCCGCUUUGUAGGGACAACAAAGAUCAAGAACCUCAAUGACAAUGUCCAAUCUCUAGGAGUGAAACUUACACUGGACGAUUUGAAGGAAAUUAUUGACUCAGUUCCUAUUAGUGAAGUGUGUGGAGAAAGAGACGGUGCAGUGAUCUCAAAGUACGAUUACCGGUUUGCUAAUACACCAUUAAUGCAGUAAAAUCACAUCCGCGAUUACUGGUGUAAAAGAACUAAAUCACCAUUAUGUGUUUCAAUAAGUGAACUCAUCCUUUGAUUGUGUACCCCUUGUCAAUUUAAUUGCCAGGAGAUGGACAUUCUUAGGUUAAGCUUCCACAAGCAAAUUUUAUGCUAUAAAACAUUCUCCUUUUAUCAUUUAAAUAGUUUUGUUGUUGUUUUCCAACCAGUACUAUUAAUAAUGACAUCAUAAUAGCAGUAUAUUCUGUAAA